GAAGUUUCAGGGGCUUGUUCGGCGGCUUCGGUGAGACCCUGCUCCAUCCAGCCUGGUCGAGUUGCCGGUGUCCGCAGGCGGUGAUGCUGGCUCGAGUGGGGCGCCCACCCUGUGCCAGACGCUGAACCUUCUGGGCUCGGCGUCCCCCUCCACGGAGCCGGUCCGUCGCGGGACUUAGCACAGGCUUGGUGCGAGCGCGAACGGAGUUUCUUCCCGGCAGAGCGCUGCCAAGGGGGCCUGGCCCGGGGUCGGCGCACCUACGAGUUAGCCCCGGUCGUUACUGCCGCAGCGUCCCCGGAAUUGGCCCGCUUCUCGGCAUCCCCACCACCCGUGCCGGGCCGCCACACGCCGGGGUUCUUCUCCAAAUCGUUCACCCGAGUUGGGAAGCGUCGUGUAUUGAAAAGAACUAUGUCUCAGGAAGGUGAUUAUGGAAAGUGGACAAUAUCCAGUAGUGAUGAAAGUGAAGAAGAAAAGCCAAAACUGGACAAGCCCUCUACUUCUUCCCUCCCUCAUGCUGGGCAGGGAGCAGCAAAUAAGCCAAGAUACACCUGUUCUGAAGCUAGGAAAGCUGCCCAUAGAAGGAAAAUAUCACCCGUGAAAUUCAACACAGAUGCAGUUUCAGAAGUUUCACCUCCCAAAAGGCAGAGGAGUGGUUCCCAGGAGGACCUAGGUUGGUGUCUCUCCAGCAGCGAUGAUGAGCUGCAGCCAGAACCUCAGCAGAAGCAGGCGAAGGACGUGGUGGUCAGAGAGGAGAGAGGCAUCUCUUCUUCUAAAGACCGUGCUGCCCAGAGAACCCUCAGUCCCAGCCCUCCUGCACACCCUGGGCUCAAGGAAGAGGAAGAGGAGUAUGAAACCUCAGGGGAAGGCCAAGACAUUUGGGACAUGUUGGAUAAGGGGAACCCCUUCCGAUUUUACCUCACUAGAGUCUCGGGAAUUAAGCCAAAGUAUAACUCUGGAGCCCUCCACAUCAAGGAUAUUUUAUCUCCUCUAUUUGGAACACUUGUAUCUUCAGCUCAGUUUAACUACUGCUUUGAUGUGGACUGGCUCGUAAAACAGUAUCCACCACAGUUCAGGAAGAAACCAAUCCUGCUUGUGCAUGGAGAUAAACGAGAAGCUAAGGCUCACUUACAUGCCCAGGCCAAGCCUUAUGAAAACAUUUCCCUCUGCCAGGCAAAGUUGGAUAUUGCAUUUGGAACACACCACACGAAGAUGAUGUUCCUGCUGUAUGAAGAAGGCCUCCGGGUCGUCAUACACACCUCCAACCUCAUCCGUGCUGACUGGCACCAGAAGACUCAGGGAAUAUGGUUGAGCCCCUUAUACCCACGAGUUGUCCAUGGAUCUGGAGAAUCAACAACACAUUUUAAAGCUGAUCUUAUCAGUUACUUGAUGGCUUAUAAUGCUCCUUCUCUCAAGGAGUGGAUAGAUGUUAUCCACGAGCAUGAUCUCUCUGAAACCAAUGUUUAUCUUAUUGGAUCGACCCCAGGACGCUUUCAAGGAAGUCAGAAAGAUAAUUGGGGACAUUUUAGGCUUAGGAAGCUUCUGAAAGAGCAUGCCUCGUCCGUACCUAAAGGAGAGUCUUGGCCGAUAGUAGGUCAGUUUUCAAGUAUUGGCUCUUUGGGAGCUGACGAGUCAAAAUGGUUGUGCUCGGAGUUUAAAGAAAGCUUGGUGACCCAGGGGAAGGAAAGCAGGACCCCAGGGAAAGGUGCUGCUCCACUUCAUCUGAUCUAUCCUUCUGUGGAAAACGUGCGGACCAGCUUGGAAGGCUAUCCCGCUGGCGGCUCUCUUCCCUAUAGCAUUCAGACAGCUGAAAAACAGAAUUGGCUCCAUUCCUAUUUUCACAAAUGGUCGGCUGAGACAUCUGGCCGCAGCAAUGCUAUGCCACAUAUUAAAACCUAUAUGAGACUCUCUCCAGACUUCAAUCAGAUUGUCUGGUUCCUUGUCACAAGUGCGAAUCUGUCCAAGGCUGCCUGGGGAGCAUUAGAGAAGAACGGUGCCCAGCUGAUGAUCCGUUCCUAUGAGCUUGGGGUCCUUUUCCUGCCAUCUGCAUUUGGCCUGGACAGUUUCGAAGUGAAACCGAAAUUCUUCUCAGGGAACAAGGAGCCAACAUCGUCGUUUCCUGUGCCGUACGAUCUUCCUCCAGAGCUGUAUGGAAGUAAAGAUCGGCCAUGGAUUUGGAAUAUUCCUUACACCAAAGCACCAGACACACAUGGGAAUAUGUGGGUUCCCUCCUGAGAAUCUUAAAGCGCUGUGGAAUUUAGGUGUAAGAUCUCAAGCCGCGAGUAUUAGAUGUUAUUUAUAUUGGAUAUUCACCCUUUUUAUCUACACCCCUACAAAAAUGUAAAAGUCACUCUUACAAACAUGGACGCUGGUCAUACUUUUAAUGGUCAUUAACAGUGUCGCUAAGAAAUUUUUCUUAAUUCACUUUUCUAAACUUUGGAAUGAAAGCUUAACUGGACAACAUUAAGAAAAGGUACAUAAAAUCCUCCUCCAAGUGAUGUCUAAGCUCACGGUGGUGCCAACUCUCCUGAAUUGAAGACUGUGUGUGCCCUACUCCAUCGGGAAAGGCGCUCUCGAUUCAAACGCAGCCCUCAGGGGGAGGAUGUGCUUGCCCGUUAUUACCCAGCCCACAGCCGUGCGUCUCAGGGCUGCCGGACGUGAGGCUGCCGGUGUCUGUGGUUCGCAGAGGCCGCU